AUGGGCUGCUGCUUCUCUAAGAAGCGGGAGAGUGAGGAGUCUCUGGCCGAGGGAGAAGAGGAACAGCCCAAGCUCUACAGCUGGGACCAGCGGGAGAAGGUUGACCCGAAGGAUUACACGUUCAGCGGGCUGAAGGGUGAAACAGUAGGUCGCUUACCUGGAAAAGUGGAAGGACAACAAUUUGUCAUCCAGGACUGUGAGAACUGUAAUAUCUAUAUUUUGGAUCACUCGGCUACUGUUUCCAUUGACGACUGCACUAACUGCGUAGUUUUUUUGGGACCAGUGAAAGGCAGCGUGUUCUUCCGAAAUUGUAGAGAUUGUAAGUGCACGCUGGCCUGCCAGCAGUUUCGAGUGAGGGACUGUAGAAAGCUGGAAGUCUUUCUGUGCUGUGCCACUCAGCCCAUUAUUGAGUCUUCUACAAACAUCAAGUUUGGCUGUUUUCAGUGGUACUACCCUGAGUUAGCAGCCCAGUUCAAAGACGCAGGGCUUAGCAUCUUCAAUAACAUAUGGAGUCACGUUUAUGAUUUCACGCCUGUGUCAGGAGAGCUCAACUGGAGCUUCCUUCCGGAAAACGCCAUGGUUCAAGACUACGUUCCUGUCCCAGCUACUGAAGAAUUCAAAGCUGUGCGAGUCUCCACAGAAGCCAGUAGAAGCACUGUCCCCAUAUCCCGGGGCCAGAGACAGAAGAACAGUGACGAGUCGUGUCUCGUCGUGUUGUUUGCUGAUGAUCACGCGACUGCAAAUGCGAGGAAACUAAUUGACGAGAUGGUUGCUAGAGGCUUUUUCCUAGUGCAGACAAAGGAAGUAUCAAUGAAAGCUGAAGAUGCGCAAAGGGUUUUCAGGGAAAAGGCAUCUGACUGUGAGCUUCUUCUGAACAAAGGGCCCGUGAUUGCCUUGGAAUUUAACGGAGAUGGUGCUGUAGAAGGAUGUCACCUUAUCGUAAAUGAGAUGUUCACCGAGACAAAGAUGUUUGUGUCGGAAAAGAAGGAGACAGCUUCUGGAGAUGUUGACAGCUUCUAUAACUUUGCGGAGAUACAGAUGGGGUAUGAAGCAGAUCGUGGUGUUGAGCCCUUCCCAACCUUUAGAGAAAGAGUGUGA